AUGAAAGUGUUGUAUUUUGAAUCUAUAGCGAAUCCAAGCUUGAAGGUGUUGAAUAUUCCUGAGCUGACUAGAAUUGGACACAAGAAAGGAGUGAUUGUGCUGGUUAACAACAUGUUUGCUCCCAAGAUGAUUUUUGUGGCCCGUCUUGGGGUCGAUGUCGUCGUUCACAACCUCACCAAGUUUAUCAACGGGGGUGGUGAUAGUAUUACAAGAGCUGUGUGUGGGUCUAAAAGCUUUGUGAAUUCAUUGAUGGACUUUCAACAAGGUGGGAUAAUGUUGUUAGGUCCAACAAUGGAUGCAAAAGUAACAUUUGAAAUCUCUGAAAGAAUCCUACAUUUGGGCUUUCGGAUGAAAGAACAUGGUCGUCGUGCAUUGGAAUAUGCGACCAGGCUUAAGAAACUUAGAAUCAAAGUCCAUUACCAAGGCUUAAAAAACACCUACAACACGAAGUUUUGA